AUGGCUUAUGCUUCUCUCGUCUCCCUUGAAAACACCAUAGAUCGAUUCCUGAAUCAUAAUCCAUUUUCCAUAUCUGUUGAAGAAAACCAACAAAUUGCAUCUCUCCUCGAGUAUGUUACUCCCAUUCGAGACUUUCUUGAAGAAUUUCCAGACGAAUCCCAGAGUUUGGAAGAGCAAAUGAGGGAACUGGCAAAUGCAGCAGAAGAUAUUCUAGAAUAUCUUGUGUUGGAGAAGGUUUUUUUGCCUUGUGAUGAUGACUCUGAAUCCCAUCAUCCAAGUGGAAGAAACCACAAACUCCACCUGAAAAAAGUUAUCGAGCAGACUUGUUUGAAGCUGGAAAAAGUGAAGGAGGAGUUUCCUGAAGAUUUCCCAGACGAAUCGAAAGCCAACAGUUUGGAAGCCCGAAUCAGGGAAGCUGGAGACAUCUGUGAGUUUUUCGAGUGGGUGGAAACUCACAGACGUUUUAGAGAAAAGUGGAGAUUUUUACCUGCAGAGUUUGCCAAGUUCAAGUUCAAGUCUAAACUCCAGUUCAUACACCACUUGAACAAGACAAGGAAUGAAAUCGAUUCGAUCAUGAAGGAGGUGAUGGCCAUCAAGAAUAACGCUUCAUCAUCUACACUUGCACCAGUUGAUGAUAUAGUUGGUUUCAAUGAAGAUGAUGGCGAUGAAUCUAAAUGCCAUCGAAGUGCAAGACACGAGCUCCAGCUGGAAAAAGUUAUCGAGGAGAUUGCUUCGCUUGCUGCAAAAGUGAAGAACAUAAAGGAUAGUUCCACUUCCAGCAGCAAAGAUUGUUUUCCAACAGCUGCUCCACCUAUCCACAGAAACUCCAUGGUUGGUUUUGAAGAUCAUGUGAGGAACAUCAAGGACCGGCUCUGUGGAGAAACACCCAAGCUUCAGAUCAUUCCAAUAUGUGGUAUGGGUGGCAUCGGCAAAACUACUCUAGCUAGAAAUGUUUACGAUGAUCCAUUAAUUACAGGUCACUUUGUGAUACGUGUUUGGGUUACAAUAUCACAAGAUUGUAGUGAACAGAGAGUUCUUUCAGGCCUUCUUGAGUCCUUGAAAGAGUACAACACAUGUAGAUUGGGAAAAAGUGAUGGCGAAAAAGUGUACCAAAUUUUAAUGGGUAGGAAGUAUUUGGUUGUGAUGGAUGAUAUUUGGAGAAGUGAGGCAUGGGAUAUUGUUAGGAAUGUGUUUCCUGAUAAUGUCAAUGGAAGUCGUAUCAUGCUAACCACAAGGUUGUAUGAUGUGGCUUCUUAUCCUAACCCUUCAAGCAAGUGUUACGAGUUGGGUUUAUUGGAUGCAGAUCAGAGUUGGAAUUUGCUUAAACAGAAGGUGUUUUGUCCUUCCAAUUUUGAAGAUAUUGGGAAGGAGAUUGCAAGAAGAUGCAAAGGAUUGCCUCUCGCAAUUGUGGUGAUUGCGGGGCUUCUCUCCACAGUCAGUAAGAAUCCAACUUCAUGGCAUGAGAUUGCGGAAAAGUUGAAGUCUACAAAAACUGCAGAGCAAGAGCAGAUCGAAGAGAUACUAUCUUUGAGCUACGUCGAAUUACCUCAAUAUUUGAGGCCAUGUUUCUUGUACAUGGCUUCCUUUCCGGAAGAUCAUCAGAUCCAUGCAAAGAAACUCAUCAGAUUAUGGGUAGCUGAGGGCUUUGUGAAAUAUCCAAGCAACUCUGAAAGCUUUGAAAAGGUGGGAGAAGAGUGUUUAGAUGAACUCGUCAGGAGAAAUCUUGUUUUGGUCACAAAGAGGAAAUUUGAUGGAAGAAUCAAAAGCUGCAGCCUCCAUGAUCUGAUGAGGGAGUUGUGCAUUAGCAAAGCUCGUGAAAGUAAGUUUUUCUUGAAUAUGAUGGAUAGGCAUAUUGAAAAGGAGCAUUUCAUAGAAAGCAUAGAGAAUCAUCGUCGUGUAAGUCUUGAUACUUCUUAUCUACGCUACCUUUCAAGCAAUGGUGGCUCGACCAUCCAUUCCAUCAGAUGCUCGAAAUAUCAUUUAGUGAAACUGGACUUUCUCGAGGGUGUUAGAUUGCUGAGGGUAUUGGAUGCUGAAUCUGCUGAUGUGAAAUCAUUGCCAGCCCAGCUAUUUGAUCUAUUUCAUCUAAGAUACCUUGCUGUUAGGUAUAGUCAUCAUGUCCCUAGAAUCUUAUCAAACCUUCAAAAUCUGCAAACCUUAAUCAUUCGCGAGGAGCGAUCCAAGUUUGGAGUUGGAGAGGCUUGUGAGAUAUUGGUGCCGUGGUGCAUGCCACAGUUAAGACAUGUCUACUUUAACGGGAAAAUUUGCUUUCAAGAUCCCGAAGAAACAACUUGUUCUCUAGAGAAUCUGCAGACAGUUUCGUAUGUUGAUAGUGAGUGUUGCAGUGAGCAGUUCCUGAAAAAGAUCUCCAACCUUAAGAAACUGAAGGUGGAUUGCUCUGCUGGUCUAGAUGUAGUCUGCUUGAAUGAUCUGGUACAUCUGCAUCGACUCGAGAAUCUGGUGGUAUCUGCUGGUCGUUGGGUUAUGUCUCGCCCCAACUACUACAGUUUUGCGUUUCCUGAGAAGCUCAGAAAGCUGAGCUUGAGGGAUUUGCAGGGACAUACUUGUCAUCGGUUCGUUGCCAAAUCUUCAAGUGCUGAAACUGAAAAGCUGCACUUGUGUUGGUGGAGAAUGGGAAACAAGACAAGGAGCAUUUCCAGUGUUGGAAGUUCUUCUAGUUAA